AUGCACAUCAACAACGACCACAUCCACGGAGAGAAGAAGGAGUUUGUGUGUCGCUGGGAGGAGUGCUCUCGGGAGCAGAAGCCCUUCAAGGCGCAGUACAUGCUGGUGGUCCAUAUGAGGCGCCACACGGGGGAGAAGCCUCACAAGUGCACCUUCGAGGGCUGUGCGAAGGCGUACUCGCGGCUGGAGAACCUGAAGACUCACCUUCGCUCUCACACCGGAGAGAAGCCGUACGUGUGCGAGCACGAGGGCUGCAACAAGGCCUUCUCCAACGCCUCGGACCGAGCCAAGCACCAGAACAGAACUCACUCCAACGAGAAACCGUACGUGUGUAAGAUCCCGGGCUGCACCAAGCGCUACACCGACCCCAGCUCUCUGCGCAAACACGUGAAGACGGUGCACGGUCCAGAGGCGCACGUCACCAAGAAGCAGCGCGGCGACUACCCCCACCCCCGGCCCCCCCAGCCCCGAGACCAGGGGCCUCACGGACAGGGCCGCUCCCCAGGGUCCCUGAGCCUUGGACACUUCGCGGACCAAAGGGACUAUCACUCUACCUCAAAACAGGACGAGUGUCUGCAGGUCAAGGCCAUCAAGACCGAGAAGCCUAUGACGUCUCAGCCAAGCCCUGGCGGUCAGUCUACAUGCAGCAGUGAGCAGUCCCCCGUCAGCUCCUAUCCCAGCAGUGGAGUCCAGUUUGCUGUGAGCGCGGGGGGCCUGGGGGGGGAGGGGGAGAGGGGGGAGGAGGAGGAGGAAGAGGAGGAGUGUGAGGGAGGAGCACCCAUCAUGGACUCCACUGUCUCCACCGCCACACUGAGCCACCGCAGCCUGGGCCGGCCGCUGCGCUGGAUGGAGCACCUGAAGAUGGAGAGACUGAAGCAGGUGAACGGAGGACUGCCCCAGCUGUGCCCCACUCCCCCCCCCAGAGGCCCCGCGCCCACCGGGAAGGGGCAGACCGAGGGCCGGGGGCCUCUGUCGGAGCUGGGCUCUGAGCUCACGGUGCUGAGCCUGUGGAGGGAGCGCAGAGACAGCAGCGGCUCUACUGCGAGCUCCGCGUACCUGAGCAGCAGCCUGUCGCCGUGUCUGUCCAGCCGCCGCUCCAGCCACACGUCCAGCCUCCAGCGCCGGCAGCUCAGCUCCACCGACUCCUACGACCCCAUCUCCACCGACGCCUCCCGCCGCUCCAGCGAGGCCAGCCACUGCGGCCCCCCCUCUGGGCUGGGGUUUGGGGGCUCCAGGGGGUCCUUGAGCCUGACCCCCGCACAGCACUACCACCUGAAGGCCAAGUACGCGGCCGCCACCGGGGGCCCGCCUCCCACUCCUCUGCCCAACAUGUACAAGAGCCGCUCUGUCGCCGCCGACGACGGCUGGAAUCUGCCGCCGCUGGUGCGGCCUCAGCAGUGCAGUGACCCCUGGAGGAGGAGGGUCCCGCUCCCCGCACAGAGCGCCAUGAACCCCAGCCGCCGCGCCAGCGACCCAGUGCGCUCCGUGUACCACUCUGCUCCACUGCAGCGGUUCAACAGCCUCAACAACCUGCACCCCCUCCCCCCGCUCCCCCAACACCUGGCCCCCGGGGGCCACAACCUGCACAACUACACAGGACCCUCACAGCAGACAGGGGCCCCCAGCAUCGCGGAGCAGGCGGCUCUGGAGUCCCUGGCCCUGGAGGACGUGGGGGAGAUGGGGGAGAUGGGGGACAGUGAGGGUCUGUUGCUAGGAGACGAGUGCAUCCUCCCAGACGAGCUGCUGCAGUACCUGCACUCACAGGCAGAGGACCCCGUCCCCCUGAACCCCUACGACCAAAGAGACUACUGUCAGCCCCCAGGGGCCCCAGGCCUCAGCCUGCAGCAGCAGGGGCCCGAGCGCAGGAGCCCCAGACACCUGCCCGUCCAGUGGAACGAGGUGAGCUCCGGCAGCGUGUCCCCUCGGGGGUACCCUCCCUGUGAGCGCUGGGGGCCCGACAGGAAGCCGUUUGGACGCGUUUCCAACAUGGUGGUCCAACAGCUGGGCCCCCAGCCACUGCAGGGGCCCUGCGCUGUGGCCCCCGUGAAGACAGAGGCGCGGCUCUCGUGUAUGAAACCUCUGUGUGGAGGAAACAGGAGCAUGGACCUGUCCCACAGCUCUGAGGGCCCGGGGCCAAGAGCCUACGCCCCUCACCCACCUCACCCUCCUCACCCUCCUCACCCUCCUCACCCUCCUCACCCGCCUCUCAACCGCAGACCAGAGCUACAGCAGAGGAGCAGGAGCUCUGGGGUCAAAGUGGAGGCCCCUGACGAUGGGUUCCUGGAGCAGGGCUUCGGUCAGCUGUCCUUUGAGUGUGUGGACAAACCUCUUCUGUUCCCGGUGCUGGAGGAUCCUUUGGCCUCCAUCAUGCUGUCCCCGACGGACCAGGUGAGCAGCACCGUGGAGGCCUCUGUGGGGCCCUCUGUGGGGCCCUCUGUGGGGCUCCUGGAGGAGCCUGUGAGUCUGGACUUCGGUGCGAUGCUGGAGGACUAUGACCAGGGCAGCUUGGUGUCUGGGGUGCUCAGCCCCUCCAUGUUCCAGGGUCUGUCCCGGACAUCGUCCAGACUCACCACCCCCCACAGCUCCGUGGCCUACGGCCCCGUGGCCGCUGUGGCCCCUGUGGCCCCUGUGGCCCCUGGACUGAACAACAUGGCCAUAGGAGACAUGAGUUCGCUGCUGUCCAGCCUGGCGGAGGAGAGCAGGUUCCUGUCCAUCCUGCAGUAG